CUCCUCUCCUCGCGUUUACAGUAGAGCACACUGGAUUGAACCCUCGCAGAACGCACAACCGGACUAUUAGCGCUCUGCAAACAGCGUCGGGAAAAGCAGAAUUUGCUAUUUUCUUUUCAUUUGAAGGCUACACUUCUCAGUAAGGUAAGACACACUUUAAUGAAUGCCAGUCCAGCAGGAAUGCCAGAUUUGAAUAAUUUCUGGUCUCUUUCUGAAAUUGGUUCUGAUUGGGUUUGGGUAGGCUAUCAAGGUGGAUCAGAAUAAAAAUGUCUACACAAAUAGGCCUAAUGAUAAUAAAGUGAUAGUAUAUAGUUUAUGUUAAGAUUGGGUCAAGAGCUAAUAAAUCUUGAUCAACCAUGAAGAGUGCCUUCUGGAGAACAGUUGUUUAAACCUUACGGUUUACGUUCACUCAUACCCUGUUGCUGUUGUUGCUAUUUUUGUUGUUGUUGUUAUCUGCAUUCUUAUGUAAGAGGAAGUUUGAACAUGAUGAAAUGCUAAGGGAUAAUAUGGUUUAGAUAGCUAGGGCUGGCCAUGGUGUCAGCAGGACAGGAUUAUAUACACAUCUAGAAAGAACGCUUCACGAAAGGCAGGGAGACAAAAUGACACGACAAUAUGAACAAGGGAAGGAAUAGAGAUCAACGGGCUAUAUCCUUCACACACAAGGGGAUACUAUAGAAGUUACAUCGUUUUUCUACCAACUUUUCAUCUUGUAAGUUUAAUGUUCUUUCUAUUGAGCAUUACAAUGCCACAUAUUAGCUGGUUGCACAGCUUCACUGAGUUCUAUGACGGCUCUGGUCCCUCUCAGGACAAUAUAACCUUCACUAUCUGUUGUCAUGGAGAUCCAGACAGUUUGGAGGAUGUCUGGAAGCCACUUAUUGGCGCCUGCUGAAAAGCUCACACUGCCUGUUAGGUAAUAGCCUGGACUGCAGAUGUCUGCUGGCAAACUUCUCAUUACAAUGGUUACAUGGUUACAAAAGCACCAUGGUCAGUCUAAACUGAUUGAUAGAAGGCUUUGGUUCUGACUUCAGAAGCAGCACCAUGUAAAACUUACACCCACCUCUCUAUCACUGUGAUUGGUUUUGCUGCAAUUCAUUGAUGUGAAAAAGAUUCCAUUCCGAAGAGAUGAGAUGUGAGGGGAGUACACACACACUGACAAAGGGUUUAUCUUAUUUCAAUACACUAUACAGAUGCAGGCGGUGCUUGACUUGGCCAGGAGCUCACCGGAGCUGAGUACCGGCACCGCAAAGUUUCUACUGCUUGAGCUCCUGUUCCUCUUAUAGAAUGUUAGCUCAAAUGUACUGUGGAGCUCCUGCACCUAAAUAUAAACAGUACUGGCACCUAUUUCAGUCCAAGUCAAGCACUGGAUGCAGGGCAUGCUGUAACAAAACAAGUGCAACAACACUUUCAUCUUCAGGUGUGCUAGCUACACAUUGGAAUGGGGUUGGUGCCCCUGAAUGUGCCCCUUUUAAGAGAGAAAGCACUGUGUUGACUAGAGUUUUGGACAGUGGAAAGAUUUGGGUACAUUUCCAGGGGUGUGUUCAAGAAGGACAUAAGUUACACAAACUGUCAGAGGGUUGACAAGUGCUUCCUGAUUUAGGAGGGGUGGGAUGGGGCUACUGCAGGAAAGUGUAGAGAGAGAAAGAGAGAGAGGGAUAGAGAGAGACAGGGAGAGGAGAUGGAGAGAGAGAGCAUGGCAUGGGGGGGGGGGGUCCUGGGAAAUGAAAUACCUCAAUGUUUCCUUGGUUUCCUUGGUUCUGCCAAACUCGCUCAUAAACUCACACACACUCUCUUUCCCCACCCCCUCAUGAAUUCCAUUCAUUUGGUACUGUGGAACCUUUGGGGGUGUCGGCCGACUCAACCCUCCAUGUUAUGACCCAGGAAAGCUUGGAGAGGAAACCCUGACAUGUCUCUCAGGCCCCUCCCUGCUGUUCCUCCCUGGUGCUUCAGGAAGGGCACAAGGUUAUCAUGGUUGGGCCUGCUGUUAUUCUGCUUUGCUUCAGAGAAUAGAAGUGCUUUUGUCUUAUAGCCAAGCUGAUGGUUUAAACCUGACGCUGCAUGUUUGGGGAACGACCGUCGCUAGCUCUGUUUUUGUUUUUAAAAAGAUAGCUAAUGCAUUAAUAUCCAGGGGUGUGAGUUUGAGGAGCCGAGAUCCCUGUGGAUGUAUGUGAUAGACAGAUUUAUAGUACCCACUACUCACUAUGUAUGGUAUCUUGGUUUUACGGGUAGUAUAUUUGUAAGUUGGUGCCGUUCCUUUCACAGAUGCCAUGUGUGUUUUAUUAUUAAGGAAAGGACCAAAGGGGUUGGUUCUGGGUUCAGUUCUGUGUGAUUGAUGGCUUCAUCACAUCACAUCAACGUGUGUCUCUUUAAUGCUUUCAAACCAAAACAAGUGUAUUUUGAAAUAGACAGAUGUUUUGUUUACUGACAUGGGUGUGAUAGGGUAGUUGGCUAUGUCAGUGGUGACAUAACCAUGGGCGAAACUUUGGUUUUAGUAGUGGGGGGGGGGGGCAUAAUUUAUUUUUUACGCAUGGUCCUAAAGCAGACCAUUGCCUCAUUAUGUAUCACAUUCCAAAGAUAAAACUGGGGGGGGGACAAAAAUGCAAUUUCAGAAUGUGGGGGGACAUGCCCCCGCCCCCCCCCCCCCCGUCCCCCCCGUCCCCAGUGAAAAUUGCGCCCCUGGACAUAACAUUCAUAUAAGUGACAAUGUCAUUGAUAAUAAUGUAAUUCAUUUAUCAUAUGAGUGACAUAGCAUUCAAUCAUAUGACUGGUUCAUCUAGAUCCAUCUAUAAAGGCCUUAGUUUUCUUGAAGAAACCUUGUUUUAGUGUAUCUCUCUCCCUCUUCUCCCUGUUUCUGCAGUAUAUUCUCCCUCUCUCUGAGACUGAUAGGGUGAUUAUUAUUGCAAGCAGUCUUGGCUCUGAGCCAUAUAUAUCAGUUAGCUUGGUUGGGGGUGAAAUGUUCCUCUCAGUAAAACCCUGUCCACCAUUCACAGACCUGCUGACCUGUCUCUAUCUCUCCUCCUGGACCCGUUGACAGCAGAGCCAGGAUGGAUGCUAACGCCAUAUUCUCACUUCUGUUGCUGUGUUCUGUCACUGAGGUAAUAUACUCACCCAAGUUGUGAAGUUAUUUACCCUUUGUCCUCGAUAUGCCUUUUAUAAACUCACAGUGGCAUGCAGAGUGAGUAUGAUUCCUCUUGAAAGUCAUUAAAACAUUAUUAUAACUCAUAUUUAACUCUCAAUCUACACAUUCACUCUCUUGAUUUGGUUUGAUACACUAAAAUUCUCUACGAUCAUCUCCUGACCUGUCCGUGAGUGUGAUGUUUCCUCUGAGUGUUGGCCAUUUUCUUCUCAGCUGUGUGUGUUGGCGAGCCCUGAGGGGAAUGACUCCCAGCAGCAGCACUAUCCCCAGAACGUCUACCACGACAUCGGUCUCACCAGGAACACAAUAGUCACUGCUCAGUUUGAGUGCUAUCAGAAGAUCAUGAAAAACGACAAACACAACAAAAUAGGUAAGUGUCCCUUUAGGGUGGUGUGGUGCAGGUUGUAAUGGGGUAGCUCAUUUGUUCCAUUUCAAUCUCAUGAUUUACACAGUAGAGUAUUUCAAUGGCAGUUGACCGAUAUAAAUUUACUCUUAGCAUAUUCAAUUUGAAUUUAAACGGUCUUCAGUCUUAACUGAAAUUGUCCUAACCCCAGUGCAUAUCACCUUCUAAGGAACUGACGACCUAGUUUCAGUUUCAACUUAAAAGUAUGUUAAAGGGAUACCUCUGGAUUCUGGCAAUGAUGCCCUUUAUCUACUUCCCCAGAGUCAGAUGAAGUCGUGGAUACCAUUUUUAUGUAUCUGUGUCCAGUAUGAAUGAAGUUAUAGGUAGUUUUGCGAGCCAAUGCUAACUAGCGUUAGUGCAAUGACUGGAAGUCUAUGAGUAUCUGCUACCAUGCGCAUUGCCAAAAUCUCAAAGUAUCCUUUUAAACUGCGUGUGUUGUUGUGUCCCUUCACUCAGGGCCAGUUUGUAACAGGACGUGGGAUGGCUGGCUGUGCUGGGAGGACACAGAGGCAGGCUUCACUACAAACCAGCACUGUCCAGACUACUUCCAAGACUUUGACACAGCAGGUCUGUAUUUUGCAUCCUGCCUGGCCUCUCCAACCCAACGACAUUGAACAGAGAUUAUUGUAUAAGACUGUAUGAGGUAAUGUAAGAGUCAGCCUGGCUAUUCUCUGGUAGGCUUUUAGAGAAAUGUCCUUUGCUGUUUUCAACAUGUAUUAUUUUAGUAUGGAUAAAGGGAUAAAAGUUAUUCUCGUAAAUGGAUAUCGUUCUUUUUGAAUUAAUGCUUUGUUGAUUGCUGAGAUGAGCAAGUGUCACACCUAUCCGCUCUGCUGUUGACUCACGGUUGGUUGAUGCAUUACCCCACUCACCUUCUAUUUCUCACCACCAGAAAUGGCGUCCAAAGUGUGCAGUGAAACGGGUGAUUGGUUUCUACACCCAGAGAGCAACAGGACAUGGACAAACUACACCAAAUGUACAGCAUACACCAGCGCAGGAAGAGUGGUAAGAAAAGUCACCUUUUGAUAAGCUUUUUUCAAAUCUAUGUAGUUAUGUUGUUGUGGAUAUUUAAGCAAUAAGGCCCGAGGAGGUGUGGUAUAUGGCCAAUAUACCACGGCUAAGGGCUGUUCUUAUGCAUGACGCAACGUGGAGUGCCUGAAUACAGCCGUUAGCCGUGGUAUAUUGGCCAUAUAUCACAAACCCCCGAGGUGCGUUAUUGCUAUUAUAAACUGGUUACCAACAUAAUUAGAGCAGUAAAAAUAAAUGUUUAUCAUACCCCUGGUAUACGGUCUGAUAUACCACGGCUGUCUGCCAAUCACCAUUCAGGGCUCGAACGACCCAGUUUAUAAUACAUUGUAAUGCAUGUUAGGUUGACAUGCUGUAUUCUUUCUCAGACAGCGAUGAAUCUCUACUACCUGGUUCUGAUUGGACAUGGACUGUCGCUGACGUCAUUGUUCUUCUCAUUGGGAAUCUUUUUUCAUUUCAAGUAAGUCACUCUGUUACCCCAUAAGUAUGCUACUGUUUUAUAUUUUAUAUUAUUAACCUAUAUUUUAUCAGGGUGUCAUAUUGAGACCAAGUCUCUUUUUCAGACGAGCCCUGCACAAUACAAACACACAUAUAAAAUACUAAAUUACAAAACAGGACCAUAAAAAAUGAACACAAUCUUCUCUUAGAGCAUUCCCCACAAAUGUUUAAAAUUAUAUAUAUGGUGUUUUUCAUACAUUAGAUUGAAUAAUUUGAUUAUUUUAGAUGGAAAGGAGAAAGACUAAUUCAUACUGGCCUACUCACUAGGAGGCAUGAACGACAAAAGUGUAAUCAAUUAUGUUGGGGAAAUGUAUUUAUAAGGACUUUAACUCGAUAAAGACAGUACAUUGAUCCCCUUCCAUUGUUAUCCAUUUAACAUAAGGAUAUUUUAUUUCUUUUAUUACAUCUUUCUUUAUUUCUUUCCCUACCAGGAGUCUAAGCUGCCAGAGGAUAACGCUCCACAAAAACCUAUUUUUUUCAUUUGUGUUGAACUCAGUCAUCACCAUCAUCUGGUUGACAGCGGUGGCUAACAACCAGGGACUAGUACAGAGCAACCCUGUGAGUAUGAUAACUAACAACCAGGGACUAGUACAGAGCAACCCUGUGAGUAUGAUAACUAACAACCAGGGACUAGUACAGAGCAGCCCUGUGAGUAUGAUGACUAACAACCAGGAACUAGUACAACCCUGUGAGUAUGAUGACUAACAACCAGGAACUAGUACAGAGCAACCCUGUGAGUAUGAUGACUAACAACCAGGAAGUAGUACAGAGCAACCCUGUGAGUGUGAUAACUAACAACCAGGGACUAGUACAGAGCAACCCUGUGAGUAUGAUGACUAACAACCAGGAACUAGUACAGAGCAACCCUGUGAGUAUGAUGACUAACAACCAGGGACUAGUACAGAGCAACCCUGUAGUGGUAUGAUGACUAACAACCAGGAACUAGUACAGAGCAACCCUGUGAGUAUGCUUACUAACAACCAGCGAACUAGUACAACCCUGUGAGUAUGAUGACUGAACAACCAGGGGACUAGUACAAGAGCAACCCGUGUGAGCUAUGCUGACUAACAACCAGGAACUAGUACAGAGCAACCCUGUGAGUAUGAUGACUAACAACCAGGAAGUAGUACAACCCUGUGAGUAUGAUGACUAACAACCAGGAACUAGUACAACCCUGUGAGUAUGAUGACUAACAACCAGGAACUAGUACAACCCUGUGAGUAUGCAACGCAGCAGUAAUUAUACUGUACAUGUACAGUACCCGUCAAAAGUUUGGACACACCUACUCAUUCAAGGGUUUUUCUUUAUUUUUACUAUUUUUUACAUUGUAGAAUAAUAGUGAAGACAUCAAAACUAUGAAAUAACACAUAUGGAAUCAUGUAGUAACCAAAAAAGUGUUAAACAAAUAAAAAUAUAUGUUAUAUUUAUAUUUUAUGCCAAGAGUGUGCAAAGCUGUCAUCAAGGCAAAGUGUGUCUAUUUGAAGAAUCUCAAAUAAAAAUACAUUUUGAUUUGUUUAACACUUUUUUGGUUUCUACAUGAUUCCAUAUGUGUUAUUUCAUAGUUUUGAUGUCUUCACUAUUAUUCUACAAUGUAGAAAAUAGUAAAAAUAAAGAAAAACCCUUGAAUGAGUAGGUGUUCUAAAACUUUUGACCGGUAGUGUAUACAUUAAAGGUAUAUAUAUAUAUAUAUAUAUAUAUAUAUAUAUUAAAGGUAUAUAUAUUGAAGGUCCCAACCUGUUUCAAAAGAACAGAAUUAACUUAGGAUGUAAAUAAUGACUAAAGGAUUUCCAAACGCAGUAGACACGUAACUCAAGGUAAAACAUCUACUCAACAUCUAUUCCAAGCUGAUACUAGUUCUGCUUCUCCCACCACCACCAGGUGAGCUGUAAGGUGAUCAUGUUUAUUCACCUGUACCUGUUUGGCUGUAACUACUUCUGGAUGCUGUGUGAGGGCAUCUACCUGCACACCCUCAUCGUCGUGGCCGUGUUCGCUGAGAAACAACUCCUCAUGUGGUACUACCUGCUCGGAUGGGGUAUGUCAAGUUAUGAUCAAACCAUUAACUAAUGAAACUAAUCAACUAACUAUUACACUAUUAAACAGCUUUGGCCUUUUUAAGGGAUGUUUUUAAGGGUUCAUUUCAUGUUGAAUUACAGUUGUUGGUCUUAGAGUGGUCCAUUAUGUCAUCCAUUAAAAUCUAUUAUUGAAUCAUCUCCCAGGAUUUCCACUCAUACCUGCAUUGAUACAUGCAAUAGCACGAAGCUACUACUACAAUGAUAAGUAAGUCUUCUGAGAACUUUCUCUCUGGUCUUUGAUAGAUAUGUCAUUCUCAGACAUGAGUCAUGGAUAAGCCACGUUGUCCACACGAGUCAAAUAUCUCUUGGUAUCUCCCUCUCUCCUCCACAGUUGUUGGAUCAGCUCAAACACAUCCCUGCUGUAUAUCAUCCACGGUCCCAUCUGUGCUGCCCUGCUGGUGAGCCCUUCUUUAAGCCACAGUUACAAUAAGUACAAUAACUGUUCUUUUCCUUGUGUGAUCACUGGAAACAAAACUGUCGUCAACUUCAUGUCUCCUUUAUACUCUGGGUGGGAUUUGAAGUACAUUUACUUUGGACAUAAUAUGCUGGUCUCCGACUGGACUCAUUGGCUUAUUUCCUAAAUAUCUCUCUUUCUCUCUCUCUCUUCUUUCUCUCUCUCUCUUCUCCCCCUCCUCUCUAUCCCUCCCUCUCUCUCGCUCUCUCCUCCCCCCCUCUCUCCAGGUGAAUCUGUUCUUCCUGUUGAAUAUUGUGCGUGUCCUCAUCACCAAGCUGAAGGUAAUCCACCAACAAGCAGAGCAGAAUUUCUGCUAUUUGCUGUAACAAAUGGACUAAUAAAGUUGUAUUGUAUUUUAGGUGACCCACCAGGCUGAAUCUAGCCUCUACAUGAAGGCUGUGAGAGCCACCCUGAUCCUGGUCCCUCUCCUGGGCAUCCAGUUUGUCUUGUUCCCCUACAAACCCCAGGGACGCGUCGCCUUGGAGAUCUACGACUAUAUUAUGAACAUCCUCAUGCACUACCAGGUAGGACAACUCUAGAACAUUCUCAAGUUUCUAGAACUCUAGAGAACUUCUAGAACUUCUAACUCAACUCUAGAACAUCCUCAUGCACUACCAGGUAGGACUCAACUCUAGAACAGUUUCUAGAACUCUAGAGAACUUUAGAAUUUCUAACUUAACUCUAGAAGUGAAGUAAGAAUAGUGUCCCAAACUGGUUAGUGUUAUCUUCUUUGUGUUGAAGUAUCCUCUUUCUAUCUUCAGGGUCUCCUGGUUGCCACCAUCUUCUGCUUCUUCAAUGGGGAGGUAAGACUUCAGCGUGAUGUUACAUCAAUUCUGAACUAACUCUCCAUCAGAAAGCUGAGUUGAUGCGACCAUAAUUACAUUGAUUAGGUAUAACGUUGAAGCAAUGUAAACUUCUUUCUUCCAGGUCCAAGGUGUUUUGCGAAGGCACUGGAACCAGCAGAGGAUCCAGUUUGGUAGUAACUUCGCCCACGCAGAUGUCUUCCGCUCAGCCUCAUACGUGGCGUCAUCUCUGACGGAGGUGCACCGCUGCUACAGCAUUGACGGGCACACCGAACACAUGAACGGCAAGAACAGCUACCACGACAUCGAGACUGUGACACCCAUCAUACUCCGGUCGGAAAACCUGUUUGCCUGAGAACUGAGGCUGAAGGUCGGAGGUCGAAGGUUUGGGGCCUGGGUCUUCUUGACCUCUGUACAGUUACACAGUGGCAGUUAAACUUUCAGUUGAAAUGGCUGCAGACCAUUUGGAACUCAUUUUCCACCAUCUUCUACAACAUUUUCUCAAACUUUUUGGCAGUAGCCUUCACAACGAUUGGAUGAUGGUGAAAAGUACAUUAACAUUUAUAGGGAGCACUACUCAACAUCUUGAUCUGGUAAAUACAGUUACCUUCAACUGAUUCACUUUAACUUUAUGAGGACUGAAUAGGCACUUAACUAGAGACACCUCUAGUAAAGGAAUAGACACUCCCUACACUACCUUAAGGAAUAUAUCUUGCCGUUUCAUCCUGUGGACUGAAGAGCCUGCGACUCUACAACAACCUCUAACCCAACAGGAGUACAGUGCAAUUCACUUGUUGGGCCUACUGGUGAUAUAAUGACUUCCAUUCUGUAAAGGACAAAGGAAACCUAAUGUACAUGGACCUUAAGCACUGGAUGAUGUAUUCAGAUGGACAGGCUCUUUAUGGCUCUUUUAGACAAGACAAGGAACUGAAGGUUACAGUGGAUGUUUUGAUACAGUGUACAAUUACAAUGGUUUUCUUUUAUAGCAAUUAGUAUUGAAUGUGUUACCAUGUGUUGUUAUAUGUGGUUUGAAUUUGCAUGGUCAUCGAUGGCUACUUAUUUAUAACUAUGUUACAGUAGUACAUGAUGGACCCAUUAGAAUGUAUUUCCCUGUCCAGCGGUCCUCUCCCUUCUGUCUAGACUAGGUUUUAGUCCCUCUGUGGGAUUUUAUGUCUGGCACAUAAAAUGACCUUGGUUUUGCCUCAGUUUUAUCUGUCAUAGUUUAAAGUAUGUAAGUAAUUUUUU